AUGAAAGUCAUGUAUCAGGGUAAUGCUAGGGUUCAACGAGCACAACUUCAAAGUCUUUGGAGAAGUUUCGAGAUUCUGGAGAUGAAGAUAGGAGAGUCAAUUACUGACUAUUUUGGGAGAGUGAUGAUAGUCGCCAACUAUAUGAGGAAUUAUGGCAAAGACAUGUCUGAUGUCAAAAUCGUGGAGAAAGUUUUACGAGAUGAUGAACAAGUGCUCAAAGUUGAAUAUGAGAACUUGGGUGCACAUGGAAGAGGAAGAGGGGCUACGAGGGGCAACAGAAGCAUUCGAGGAAGAGGGAGAGGUAGAAUCCUCAACAAGGCAACCAUAGAGUGUUUUAAAUGUCAUAAACUAGGACACUUCCAAUAUGAGUGUCCUAGGUGGGAGAAGUCAGCAAAUUAUGUGGAGAUUGAUGAUAAGAAAGCGUUUUUGUUGAUGGCUCACGUUAAACUCAAUGGUGCAAUAAGAGAAGGUGUGUGGUUUCUUGGACACUUCCAAUAUGAGUGUCCUAGGUGGGAGAAGUCAGCAAAUUAUGUGGAGAUUGAUGAUAAGAAAGCGUUUUUGUUGAUGGCUCACAUUGAACUCAAUGGUGCAACAAGAGAAGGAAAUAAGGAGUGGUUCAUGGACUUUGAUGAAAGUUUUAGGCACAUAGUGAAGUUGGGAAAUAGCUCAAGAAUGCCGAUGAUGUGGAGAGGCAACGUCAGACUUGAGGUCAAAGGUAUGACUCAAAUAAUAACUGAUGUGUUCUUCAUUCCUGAUCUUACCAACAAUUUACUAAGCAUUGGUCAGUUGCAAGAGAAGGGCUUGACUAUUCUAAUUGGUGAAGGUGUUUAUAAAGUCUAUCAUCCACGAAGGGGUCUUAUUGUGCACAUGUAG